GUGUGCACCAAGUGGGAGGCAGAGGCGCAGAAUGUCUCGCCCGAGUCAACCCGCCUCGCGAUAAUCCGCUUCGGUGUUGUGCUGGACAAGGGAUGGGGAGCGCGGGCAAGAUGCUGCCCAUCUUCCAGCUCUUCGCGGGUGGCCCGCUAGGCACAGGGCAGCAGUGGCGAGUGGCGAUCUGGUGGCACUUGCGCGUGUUCUACGCACAUGUGGCAAUGAGAGCGCAGCUCAUAUCGGCGCCCUCAGGCCAGGGUAGCAGUGCGCUCUCUGCUCACUGCAGCCAUGAUGGCGUGUCUAUCGCCCAACGUCCGCGAGAUCGCACGUGCCCUGACGGGCAAACCUGCAUGCCAGUUCCACAUCACGCCUCGUUUGCAGCAGCAUGCCACCCCCCAGGCUGUGGAGGCUCAGCAGUUUCCAUCCUUCCGCCGCCUCUGCUGCUGAUGCACAGAAUGGCUACUCCACUCCACUCAAUCAGAGUCUACAGCUGCCUACUUGCCCAUC